UUUCUCUUUCUUUUUCUUUUCUUUCUUUCUCUUCCUCUCUCCUCAACGUAGCACUCCCUCUCCCUUUUCCUUUUCUUUCUUUCCUUUUCCUUUCUUCCUCUCCCUCUCCUCUCUGUCACUCACGCACGCACAAAACACACUUGCCCCCUGUUUCUUCAUGUUAGCCGAAACCCACAGCUCCUCCAUUUCCUCUUCUUCUCUUCGACUCACACGCAACAUCCCUCUUCUUUUCUUCUUCUUUUCUCUCCUAUUUCAGACACAUAGAGAUAGAGGCCGUGUGAGAGAGACAACUUCCGGAUGUGAGAGAUAAGUCGUGUGAGAUUCUGAGAGAAGAAUUCUGAGUGAGAACCCGAGUGUGUUUCGAUGGAUUCUUGGCCGUCGGUGCGCGAUUUUGGAAGCUACGGUGGCUGGGCCACCGUCGGGUCGUGGGAGGCAGCAACUAGGGCGUGGAUUCCGGCCCUAUUUCGUCUACAGGAAAUAUCCAGCUAUUGGCGUGGCUGUCUGGCCCUUUGUAAUGGAAAUUAUUAACGUCUCAACCGGUGGGCCAAUCUAAUGUCUAUGGUUUGUGUGGUGCUUUUGGCAUGUAUCGUGAUAAUAUCUCGAGCCCCUCCUGUGAAUGUCUAAAAGGUUUUGAACCAUUUUCGAAGAGCUACACAAGUUUAAAUGAUUGGUCAGGUGGCUGUGUGAGGAAAUCCCCUUUGCAAUGUGAAAACAAUACGUAUGCUAAUGGCAAAAAAGAUUGGUUCAGGAAGAUAACAUUCCCGAGAUUGCCCGUUAAUUCGAAAGCAUAUUCGGCAGCGAGUGCUAGGAAUUGUGAAGAGGCUUGCAUGAAUAGCUGUUCGUGCACAGCUUAUGCUUAUAAUAGCAGCGGGUACUGUGUGAUAUGGGAAGGAGUUCUUUUGAACUUACAGCAACUCUCAGAUGGUGGGGAGAUUAUGUAUCUCAGACUUGCUGCAAAUGAGCGUCAAAGUACCAAAGGCAAAAAAUGGAAAGUAUGGGUAGCUGUGCUAGUUCCAACAACAGGGCUUAUCUUAUGUCUCUUCAUUUGUUUUUCAAUCAAAGGAAAGCUCAAACCCGUAGGAGAGAAGGCUCCAAGCAAUAAUUUACUAUUAUUUGAUUUCGAUACGGGGCUCGAUGCAAUCAAUGAGGAAAUGAAUACCAACAAUAAUAUGAAGAAAAAAGAGAAGGAUUUUGAGUUACCUCUAUUCAGUUAUGAGAGCGUAUCAAUUGCAACUAAUAAUUUUUCAGCUGUAAAUAAGCUUGGAGAAGGAGGUUAUGGACCUGUUUACGAGGGGAAAUUACUUAGAGGGCAAGAAGUUGCGGUGAAGAUGCUUUCAAAAAGAUCUGGACAGGGAAAUGAGGAGUUCAGAAAUGAGAUAAUACUAAUUGCAAAACUUCAGCAUAGAAAUCUUGUCAGAAUCUUAGGUUGUUGUAUCGAGCGAGAUGAAAAAAUAUUAAUAUAUGAGUACAUGCCCAAUCAAAGUUUGGACGUCUACCUUUUUGAUCCAAUCAAGAACAAGAUGUUAGCUUGGGAGACACGUGUACACAUUAUUGAAGGGAUCGCUCAAGGGCUUCUUUAUCUUCAUCAAUAUUCAAGGUUACGAAUCAUACAUAGAGAUCUAAAACCGAGUAACAUUCUUUUGGAUAGUGAAAUGAAUCCAAAAAUAUCAGAUUUUGGCAUGGCUCGAAUAGUUGGAGGUAAUGACACAAAAGCAAACACAAACCGAAUUGUCGGAACUUAUGGAUACAUGUCUCCGGAAUAUGCUAUAGAGGGUUUAUACUCGAUAAAGUCUGAUGUGUUUAGCUUUGGAGUACUGCUCCUAGAGAUUAUAAGUGGCAAGAAGAAUACUGGCUUCUAUAACAGUAGUUCACUCAAUCUUCUUAGAUAUGCUUGGGAGUUGUGGGUAGAUAAUCGGAGUUUGGAGUUGAUAAAUUCAACAAUUGGGUAUCCUUCUUCUAGCUCUCUUCCGUUGAGAUUCAUUAACAUUGGCCUUCUUUGUGUCCAAGAAAGCCCGACUGAUCGACCUACCAUGCCUGAUGUAGUCUCAAUGAUUAGAAAUGUACAUGCACCUCUACCUAAACCCAAGCAACCAGCGUUUACCACAGGUUGGAACAUGAUGGACACAAAUCCAACAAUUGACACUGCAGGAAAUUGCUCUAAUAAUAGCGUAACUAUUUCAACACUGGAAGCUCGAUGAAAUGUCUCCUAUAUCAAAGAAAAGAAAUGUUGUAGAACCAAUCUUUUUGUUUGAUUUGUAUGCAUGUUGAUAUAUAUGCUAUAUAGCCUACAUGCCACUAAAUGUUGUCUUGGUUCACUCAUAUCUUAGAACCAAUCUUAUUGAA